AUGGAAGACAUCGCUUUCAUGAGUGCCGUGGCCGAAGUCGGCUUUACUGCGGCCGCCUACAGCCAAAUGCCGGGCGGGAUCUCGGUCGGCUUCUCGAGUCUGAACACGAACAAUUUCGUCUUCUUCCUCACCCUCGCCCAUGCUGUCACUGGAAGAGCCCUUCUGCAGUACCGUCUCGGCCGGUCGACCAUCAUGGAGAAGGUGAAUGACCACGCGAUUCGGCAUUUCUUGGCCGUUCUAUCGCUUGGAAUGUCCUAUAUGUCACUUAUUCAGUCUGGCAACUGGCCAUCCCUGUCGUCGACGCUUCUGAUGACCAUCCAGGGUGUCUACAUUCUCACGGGCAUCGUGAGCGCGAUUUUCACGUACAUGCCUCGUCUAUUCCCGGAUGCCAUGCUCAGCCAAUUUCUCCAGGCCCACAUGUGGUUCGGAAAGGUGUUCUGGUGGAUUCACUCGAUUCAGGUCAUCUACACGCACUACCACUUUGGAAAGAAGGCCGGAAGCCUGGGCUGCUGGAUGUGGUGCGCGGAGGGAUUCCAGACUCUCUAUCACAUGGCCCUCAUCUGCACCGUGAUCUCUUCAUUCUCAAUCCACUACGUGCUCACCAACCGUCCCCCGCCUCAUGUCCAUCUCAAGGAGGCCGCCAAGGAGGCC